GAUUAUCACACAAAAUGCCACAGAGCCAAGAAGAAGACGAUUUUAUUCAGAAGCAAAUUCAUUCGAUUAUUCCGAGUUGUAGCUGACGGUUAUACAAUUUUUCUUUCAGCUGUGUAUUUAUCAAUAUUCUUCUGAUCUUCUUUCGAAUAAGUUCGAUUGAUCAAAGAAAAUGGCCAACAUAUUGAAGGACAUUUUUAAGCCGGACAAUGUAGCGGUGUUUUUGAGUGAACUUUUGGGAACCGCGCUGCUUGUAUUUUUUGGGUGCGCAGGUUGCAUACAAUGGGAUGGAGAGAAUUUUCUCCAAGUUGUCUUGACAUUUGGCUUCGCGGUUUUAAUUUGUGUCCAAAUAUUCGGUUGCGUUAGUGGAUCUCAUAUCAACCCGGCCGUGACUCUAGCAGCAGUAGUGUACAAGUUAAUUAGUGUAAAGAUGGCGUGUGCAUAUGUUGUUGCACAGUGUGUGGGAGCUUUUAUUGGUUAUGGAUUGUUGGUUACUUUUACACCAGCUUCCAAAAUUUCAAGCGACUUUUGCAUUACAAAACCAAGCGUAGAGCCACAUCAAGCAUUUUUCAUUGAAUUCAUUGCCACCGCUACUCUUAUUUGGUUUUGUUGCGGGGUAUGGGAUCCACGAAAUGAAAAAGUGCAAGACAGCGUGCCGUUACGUUUUGGUUUGGCUGUGGCCGGAUUGGCUUCUGCGACCGGUAAAUUCACGGGUGGCUCAUUUAAUCCGGCUAGGUCAUUGGGUCCAGCUUACUGGAAUGGCGACUUUGAAUCACAUUGGAUAUAUUGGGCUGCACCGUUAUCUGGCGCAUUAUUUGCAUCCAUGAUUUACAAAUACGUAUUUCAUCGUGAAGUAAUUAAUACUGAAAAGUAUGACUACAACUUGGAAAAUGUUGGUGAAACAAGUAAUAAAGUCUAAAUUAUUAGACAAAUAAAAAAGAAUCCUACUCGUAA